CAUAAUUGAAGUCGAAUAGGAAGCUUGAUGUGAAAGAUAUAAAAGGCUUAAAGUCGAAGCUUUCAUAAUAAAAAGGAAGAAGAAGGCCACCGACUUGAACAACAUUCCUCCUCCUGCUACCAACAUGAAUCUUCACGCAACCCUCCUCCUCCUUGCACCUUUGAUCCUCACAAUUGUUCACGCGCGUCUCUUUGCCGACGAUUUCAUCCGGCUGCCGUCGGAGAAGCCUCACUCCGAUGACUCCGUUGGUACCCGAUGGGCCGUCUUACUCGCCGGAUCUAACGGUUACUGGAAUUACAGGCAUCAGUCAGAUGUAUGUCACGCAUACCAGCUCUUGAAAAACGGCGGCAUCAAGGAUGAAAACAUUGUCGUUUUCAUGUACGAUGACAUUGCAAAUAACGAAGAGAACCCCAGGCCUGGAAUCAUUAUUAAUCACCCAGACGGUGAUGAUGUAUACCAUGGAGUACCAAAGGAUUACACGGGAGAAGAUGUCACUGUUGACAACUUUUUUGCCGUUUUGCUUGGAAAUAAAACUGCAGUUAAAGGGGGCAGCGGAAAGGUUGUAAAUAGCGGCCCCAAUGAUCACAUCUUUAUAUAUUAUUCUGAUCAUGGCGGUCCAGGUGUGCUUGGGAUGCCAACAAGUCCUUACUUGUAUGCAAACGAUUUGAUCGAUGUUUUGAAGAAAAAACAUGCGUCCGGAACAUACAAAAGCUUGGUAUUUUACCUUGAAGCAUGUGAAUCUGGAAGUAUAUUUGAGGGUCUUCUUCCGCAAGGUUUAAAUAUAUAUGCAACCACAGCAUCUGGCCCUGAUGAGAGCAGUUGGGGUACUUACUGUCCCGGAGAACAUCCUAGUGCUCCCGAAGAAUACGACACGUGCUUGGGUGACCUGUACAGUGUUGCAUGGAUGGAAGACAGUGAGGUGCACAACCUGCAAACAGAAACAAUCCAACAGCAAUAUCAUCUGGUUAAGGAGAGAACAUCAAAUGGCAAUGGUAAUUACGGGUCCCAUGUAAUGCAAUUCGGAGACUUGCAGCUUAGCAAGGAGGAACUUUAUUUGUAUUUGGGUACAAAUCCUGCAAACGAGAACUUCACUUAUAUUAACAGUAACUCCCUUCGAUCAUCUUCUAAAGCUGUCAACCAACGUGAUGCUGAUCUGUUACAUUUCUGGCACAAGUAUCAAAAGGCUCCGGAAGGUUCUGCUAGAAAGAUUGAAUCCAGGAAACAAUUUGCUGAAGCUAUGGCCCACAGAAUGCACGUCGACAGUAGUAUAAAACUCCUUGGGAAGGUUUUGUUUGGAAUCGAAAAGGGUCCUGAGGUGCUGAAUGAAGUUCGACCUGCAGGCCAGCCUUUAGUCGAUGACUGGGAUUGCCUUAAAACAUUUGUGAGGACGUUUGAGACGCAUUGUGGAUCCCUGUCACAAUACGGUAUGAAGCACAUGCGUUCAAUAGCUAACUUUUGCAAUGCUGGGAUCACCAAGGAACAGAUGAUGGAGGCAUCGUCACAGGCGUGUCCCACCUUUCCAUCGAACUCUUGGAGCUCGCUUGGCAAUGGUUUCAGUGCAUAAGGCUUUGAUACUGUGAGAAAUUAUACGCUCAUACUAUGUUCAGAUUUGGUUUGUGGUUGGUUUCGUCAUAUACCAUCUUCAGCAACAUAACCAGCCUCGAUCGGUGCUUAUUUGUAUAUAUAACAAUGAAACAUCUCUUAUAGCUUCUAUGCUGUCUGUGAGUAAUGCUUUGUUCCUGUGUGUUUGGAUUAUAUAUAUGGUCAUGUACAUAGAAUUAAUUGCGUAAUUGAUAUGAAAAUGCAUGUCAGUCAUUAGGGAAGAA